AUGGCGCCCAAGAAGCCUUCCACGACGGCAGAAGUCGCUCUCGUCCCUCUCAAGAACUGCCUCGUCAAUCUACCACCGUCACUAGUCGCCUUGCUAGUCAAUGCCAAUACGGCCGCGCAGAAUGUCAUCAUUGAACUGCAGUACAAAUCCCCCACCAGCAAGAUCAAUGGUGCGCCGCCACAGCGGUCUUGCUACUUGGGCUGGACGGGCAUGCCGAGCAAGCGGAAGCUUGCGCCGGUCGUUGGUCGGGAAGGCAUGAGUGGUGGCUUCUCCAGAGAGCAGGAGAUAUCUACUGUGGAGUUAGAUACCACGUUCGGACGACUUCUUGGUCUGACCGAAGGGCAAAAGGUCGGGCUACUCGUACACCUUGAUCCACCUGUCGCGCAUACAAUCAACAUCGAGCCAUUGACACCAGAAGACUGGGAGAUCAUCGAGCUUCAUGCCACAUUCUUGGAACUUAACCUCCUAUCUCAGAUCCGCGCGCUGCCCAAUCCCUCCUACAAUGCAGCGCAAUCAGAGCAUAUGCACCCGCUCGCAUUGCACCUUUCACCCACCUCGACCGCUAACAUUGUUGUCACUUCCCUUACACCAGCCCCGGACGCCACAUCUCCAUUUGCGAAAAUAGCACCGGAUGCUGAAGUGAUAGUUGCUCCCAAAGUUCGAUCAAAACCCGGAAAAUCGCCCCGAGGAGAUAGCCGCAGCAAUGCUGGUAGCAGCAGAAAGAGCACCGGUGGCCGCAGUUCCGGUAGCACGGCUCGCCCCAAGAGCAGCCGGUCUGACUCCAGAGGUGCCUUGUAUUUGCGAGGCGUAGAACGCCUAGCAGCCGAUCAAUACUUUGACGCAGAAAUGGAAGAGGAUGAAAAUGAAGGGUUCCGGGUCUGGGUUGACCCCGAAUUGCUGGCAUCCAAUGAACUACGGGGCACAAGCUGGGCGUGCGUUUCCAUCGUCCAGCCGGCCGGUCUCAAGCCUCCUGUGGAUCCUCAGCAGCAACUUGCUCAACAAGAACAACAAAAGUCAAAUGAAGGGGGCUCUCCCACAACCAAGCUAGUAGCCAAGCUGCUGCCAUGGGAGGAGGCACCCGACAACAAGCACGUGGCGAUUUCCACUUUGCUUUCCACGUCGCUUGGUGCUGAGAACAUGGUGGGUGGGAUCGUUCGUGUCGAGGCCGCUCCUCCCCAACUUCAUAGGUCGGCAGUCAAGACCCUCAAGCUGUACCCGUUUAUGACCGAUGGAUCCAAGAAGAAGGAUGGACUGAAAUUUGGCGCGGAUACGGCAGCUUCUCGGGAUGCCCUAGCCGAGCGUCUCAAGGUCAUCUAUGGCAGUACUGGUUCCGACGUUGGGCUGUUUUCUGGUCCUUUGACUGAUGGAAUGGUCCUUCCCAAGGUUGAAAACCACCCUUCGGUCUCGUCAUUUGACGGUGCUAUUCUCCGCUUUGAUCCUCCCUUGAAGGGUGGUCCCGAAGAGACCAAACCGAUGUUUGGGUGGCUUCUAGGUUCCGAAGCUAAGCUGAACCUUGAAGUGCAAGCAGAGAUACCCAAGCCAUCGGAUGCGGGCUCAUCUGCAUUGCCUUCCGAGGACUCGAUUCCCGAUACCGUCCCCCAACUGGUGGGUAUUGACUCGAUCAUCUCCCAGUCGCUCACAAACCUGACAAAGUCUUCGUCUAUUCUGUUGACCGGAGGACUUGGAGCAGGAAAGACUGCUUUGACUCACCUAUUAGCUCAUCGAUUGCGCAAGGAUCAUCUCUUCAAUGUGAAGUACUUUUCUUGCCGCAAACUCGUCACGGACGAGACACGAAUCUCCAAUAUUAAAGAGGUCCUGAACCGCCUCUUCAUGUCCGCCUCCUGGUGUGCUCGUCUCGGUGGUCAAGCCAUUGUUAUCCUUGACGACCUUGACAAGCUCUGUCCUGUGGAGACCGAGAUGCAGGUUGGAAAUGAUAACGGCCGCAGCCGUCAGAACAGUGAGGUUAUUUGCUCCAUGGUUCGGGAAUACUGCUCCAUGAACUCUUCCGUCGUCUUGCUAGCCACGGCCCAGGCCAAGGAGUCCUUGAACAACGUCAUCAUUGGCGGCCACGUGGUCCGCGAGAUCAUCAAUAUGCGAGCUCCAGACAAGGAGGGACGCCGGAAGGUUCUGGAGAAGUUGACUAGCCAAGACAAGCCCACUGAACAUCUCAAUGGCCACAUCCGAUCAACGAGCUCUUCCACUCAAAACACUCAAGACUCGUGGUUGGAUCCAUCAAAUCCUGGAAGUCGGCCUAGCUCCUCCGGUGGCGAUGGAUUCGUUCUCAGCAGAGACAUUGAUUUCCUCGAGCUUGCUGGUAAAACUGAUGGAUAUGCGCCCGGUGAUCUGGUGUUGUUGGUUGCUCGUGCACGCAAUGAAGCACUGAUUCGCUCCGUUUCCGACUUAGCCUCUGAGUCGAAGAUGAUCACUCUUGGGACUGAAGAUUUUGACAGCGCGCUCAAGGGUUUCACACCAGCCUCUCUGCGUAACGUUACCUUGACCUCCUCCACGACUACGUUCUCCGCGAUUGGCGGUCUGUUUGAGACUCGCAAGAUGCUGUUGGAGACCUUGCAGUACCCAACCAAGUAUGCACCGAUCUUCGCACAGUGCCCAUUGCGACUGCGCUCUGGCCUGCUCUUAUACGGCUAUCCUGGUUGCGGUAAGACGCUUCUCGCGAGUGCCGUCGCCGGCGAGUGCGGUUUGAACUUCAUCAGUGUGAAGGGUCCUGAGAUUCUGAACAAGUAUAUUGGUGCCAGUGAAAAGAGCGUUCGUGACCUUUUCGAGCGCGCUCAAGCCGCCCGCCCGUGUAUUCUGUUCUUCGACGAGUUUGACAGUAUUGCGCCGAAGCGUGGUCAUGACUCUACGGGUGUCACUGAUCGUGUUGUCAAUCAGCUUCUGACACAAAUGGACGGUGCUGAGGGCCUAUCCGGUGUUUAUGUACUGGCAGCCACGUCACGACCUGAUUUGAUUGACCCAGCGCUCUUGCGUCCAGGUCGUCUGGACAAGUCCUUGCUUUGUGAUAUGCCCGCACUUGCUGACCGUCUCGACAUAAUUCGAGCUGUGAGUGAGAAGCUCAAGAUGAAUGAUGAGGUUCGUUCUCGUUUGGAUGAAGUCGCUGCUCGGACCGAGGGUCUCUCCGGCGCUGAUCUCCAGGCUGUUGUGUAUAACGCCCACCUGGAAGCCGUGCACGACGCCCUCGGCGACAGUUCCAGUGCCGAGAAGGCUGGUGCAAAGUCCGGCACUGCGAAGAGCUCAUCGGUCAGCACCUCGACCAGGUCCUUCAUCCAAUUUCUCUACUCGUCGUCUGAAGAGGCUUCUGGAGCAGUCUCUCUGCCCCCUCCGGCUGUCGUAGCUGCCAAGCUAGAUGCCAUUAAGAACGCCCGCCGCCGCCAGCGCCAGCUUGAGAAUGGCUCGGCCGCUGCCGGUUCUACCCCUGCUGCUGCACCGGUGGCGAACGGCACUAAUGCUGAUUCUGACGCUGAUGGGCUGCGGGACGAUAUCAUCGUCCGGUGGGAACACAUCGAGCGUUCCCUGACUUCCACCCGUGCCUCUCUCAGCCCGGCCGAGCGUAGACGCUUCCAGGGUAUCUACCGGGAGUUCGUCACCGGCCGCAAUGGAGAGAUGCCUAACGGCGAGGCGGCUAAUGAGAUUGGUGGCCGAUCAAGCCUGAUGUGA